GGUGAGAUCCAGCAGUCUCGUUAGUUAGUAUCUCUGCUCAUUGUAUUGUCCCCACAGAGAUACAUUGAUGAGCUAUUGAGGGUCUAAUCCAGUGUCCAGAGCUCCGGUUGCAGCUGGUGUUGAAGCAUUAAAAAUGUGAACCUGCCAGGACUCUCAGGGCAGUCAGCUUGGGUUCCAGUAGGAGAUUUGAAAGGACACUAAGGAGCAUCCAACAGACGUCUUCUCCUAGCAGAGCCACCAGCCUGUAGCUGUUCAUGGACCUGUUAAGGGAUGCCCUCUUCAGACAUUUUCUCCCUCCUGUUCUUUUGGAAUUAUUCAAGAAGCCUUUACUUCUAUUGCUCUCUAAGGACCUUGUGAGUCUGUGCUCCCCUACCAAACCCCCACAAAGCCUUUCUGUUUUUAAGAUCUCAAGUGGUAUGUGACAGGAUCUUUUGAUAUGGAACCAGAUGGAGACCCAGACACUGAGGGAUUCGGUACUUUGGAAGCCCAUAGCUUAAUGCCCAAUGUCCAAGGGUCAAAUCGCCUGCGCCCCUCUUCCUACAGAGCGCUGCGCAGCGCCGUGUCUAAUCUGGCCCGCAUUGAUGACUUCUACUGUGAGAAGAUUGGAUCUGGGUUCUUUUCUGAGGUAUUCAAGGUGCGGCAUCGCCAGUCGGGACAGAUCAUGGUGCUGAAGAUGAAUAAAAUGAUCAGUAACCGUGCUAACAUGCUGCGAGAGGUGCAACUAAUGAAUCGGCUCUGUCACCCCAAUAUCUUAAGGUUUAUGGGUGUCUGUGUUCAGCAGGGACAACUUCAUGCCCUGACAGAGUAUAUUAAUGGUGGCAACCUGGAGCAGCUCCUGCAGAGUACCGAGCCCCUCUCGUGGUCUGUACGUGUUAAGCUGAGUCUGGACAUUGCUAGAGGCCUGGUUUACCUCCACUCCAAGGGUGUCUUUCACAGAGACCUGACCUCCAAGAACUGCCUGGUGAGAUGUGAUGAGAAUGGUUACACGGCUGUGGUCGGUGAUUUUGGUUUGGCAGAGAAGAUUCCUGAUCGUAGUCAGACUGAGCCCUUGUCUGUGGUUGGUUCCCCCUACUGGAUGGCCCCAGAGGUGCUUCGUGGGGAUCUGUACAAUGAGAAGGCAGACGUUUUUGCCUUUGGCAUUAUCUUAUGUGAGAUCAUUGCUCGGAUACCCGCUGAUCCCGAUUACCUUCCACGCACAGAGGAUUUUGGGCUGGAUAUCAAAGCGUUUCGUGAUAUGGUGCAGGCUAAUUGCCCCCCGUCCUUUCUGCAGAUGGCAUUUCACUGUUGCAGGAUGUCUCCAGAUGCCAGGCCGUCUUUCUACGAGGUCAGUGAGAGGCUAGAAGGUGUAUUGGACAGCAUGGAAGAAAAGAGAGUGUCUUCCACACUCCGAGUUUCCCAGAGCCAGGAGUUAAUACCGAAGCCCCCAGGCAAUGGAGGCACAGAUUUUAUUCGGCUCCCGGAUAAUCAGCAGCACAGCUGGGGUCUCCCAACACCACCUGAGCAACGCUUGUCUCGCAGUCAGUCUGAUGUGUUUUCACCACCAUCUCCAUUUGGUUUGGGAACUCAGGACCACUACGAUGAUCUUUUGCAGGACACUCCAGCCCGCAUCAAUCCAUUCUCACAACGGGAGGAUCUCAAAGGUGGUCGGAUCAAGCUGUUUGACACACCAAGCAAAUCAGUCAUAUCAUUGACCUUUGAUCUUCCUCCUCCCCUGUCUUAUCAGCUAAGUAGCCCUAUUACUCCUGAGCCAAUCGUAGAAGCUCAGUGUGAUUUUUCACAGCCAGGAACAAGACCGAGACGCUGUAGAUCCCUUCCUUCCUCACCAGAGAUAACUCAUAGAGAGAGUCCUUGCUUGCUUGGCACACCCUUACAGAGAGGGGCGCAUAAGUUGGUCAGUAACCGUGCAAGGCUUAUUCGGGAACCAGAUUUUGUCAAUUUAGAAGGAACGGGCAAGAAUCACAUAGAGAAAAGACCUAAGGUAAAUGGCAUCUUACAGGUCAAUUGUGAUAACUCUUUGGAAAUUGAGAAUUAUUCUGACAAUCUUACACUGGUUUCUGAAGGCACCAAUACUUUUAGAAACCUGGAAUCUACAUUAAUUACUAAAUCUGUAGAUAAGAAUGACUGGGUCUCUCUAUACUCCAUUCAGGAUCAGAAGGAAAAGCUACCCACUAAGAAGAGUGCCGGUAACACAUUUGUAGACUAUGUGGUUGAGAUCCCUGUUGAAAGGUGCAUUCUUCAGUGGAAUGAGAAUAAAGUGGCCAGAGUUCCUAUUCCACAAAGGACAGAUCAGGAAUGGAAAGAGAAGAUGUUUGUGGCUAAUUCUGUAAAACCCAGCCGAGUCAGUGAAUGUGUUGUGAAUGAUUUUUCACCAGACCACGGCUCUCAAGAUAAUAAGAUGCUUCCAGUUGGAAAAGAUACUCCAGAGAGAGCUAUGGACUGGAAUGGACUUUGGAAGCAAGGCAGAAAAAAUGUAGAGAGCACUCAGCUUGUAGACAAUCCUACAGGGGAACCGAUGGACUGCUCUAGCAGCCCUGAUAGCACAGAAGAAAACACAUUCUGCCAGAGGUUUCCACGUUUAGUGACAAAUCGACCAUUUCUUGUUUCUUCUCUCCCUCCUCACUCGUCCUCAUCUUCUCCAUCAUCGUCUCGUUCCCCUUCCCCACCUGUGAGCACCUGGCAACAGGAGCAAUCAGAAGCCCCCAGCAGAAUAAGCCUUGCGGACAACAAUAAUGUAGUUUGCAAGAAACCCAUGGGGUGGGUAGGUGGGAUUCAUCCUAGCCCUUUAGGAUCUCUGGAGGGCAAUUUGUGGGAGGGCAGGCUUCCUGGUUUGGGGUGUGAAGGAGGAGAGAGUGGUAGCACAGUUCCACUACAUGCUUCUUCAAGUUCAGUGUUGGAUCAUGAGGAAACUGUUUCUUGCCCAGCCUGCUGCUUGGGAGGCUUCAGCUUUAUAUCAGUGUGUCGGCGGCCUCCUCCUGACACCUCUCGUUAUCAAAAUCUGAACUGUGAGACAAGUCGGGGGCUCAUUCAUACAGCACCAAGACUCAGCACUGCUAGAUCAGGUCCCAGCCGGAAACUACCAGGGGCACAGACUUAAGGGUUUGUAGAGAUUAACUGCUCUAAGGUAUAACCAUAAAUGAUUCUGUACUUUCCAGUAAAGAGCUUGAUCUCUGAAGACUAUGUGAGCAUUGUUUACAAAUGUGCAGCUCUGAUCACGCCUCAUUCUGGUCCAUGUUUUGGCCUUUGAGUUUGCAGAAUGCUGGUGCCACUAUUGUUGCACUGGAAAAUUGCCUUUUUCCAUGAAUAUGUUUACACUAGCAGCAAUGAGCUAUGGAGUCACAGUUUAUUAUUCUUUUACAUAGAUUCCCAGGUUACCAGCGCACUCCAUAGGCUGGUCCUGUUUUCUGUCUACGAAGGCGAGUUGUUUGCAUCCAAGAAUAUGGGUAAUAGGUAGAAGAAGAAGAAAAAAAAAGAACAAUCAGAAAUAAAAGUAAUGCACAUAUUGAAAUGUAAUGGGUUUGCUGAUUGAGCGUGUCUUGUUAUAUAACUAUUUCUAAUAAUCAGAGUGCAACAUCCUCUAGUAAUAUACAUCUAAUUCCUCAAGGACACAUUCAUUGACAUCUGUUCAUGUAAUACUACAUUUAUAAUGUGUUAAUUAUAAACGCUAAAA